AGGAAAUAAAAAGGGGUAGAGAAGACGAAGGGAGCUUGGUGAAGAAGGCGGAUUGCUUGUUAGAAUAAAGACGAUGGUGGUUUAGUGCCUAAAAUCGACCUCGUUUCCUCCUCGUCCACUCCUCAUCCGCUCUCUUCGCCGGCGGUAUCACACCGAUCGGGCCGAUUCCGACGGAGAAGAUGCGAGCUUGUGAGAAAACGCCGUAUCUUUCCGGCUGAAAUUUUUGUUCUGUGGCUAAAUUUCCGGUACGAGUUCUUACUCCAGAUGUCUCCCCGCCCCUCUCCCUUCCAUUUUUACCCAUCGUGAGAUUCAUUGGUUGAUUUUUCGCCAUCCAAAACUCCUUUUCCCCCCUCUUUUCUGAUGUCUGAAGUAUAAAAAUUGGAUCUUUAGUGGUUGGGGUGGGGUUCCUUUUUCUUUUUCAGUCCAGUGAAUCAUGUCCGGAAAGGGGAAAUAGGGAUCUGAAGCUGUUCUCGACUGGAAUUAGGUUUUAUCAGUUGGUCUGAGAUUUGCAGAUAUGUUGGAAGACCUCCCUUGUUUGAUCUCUAGGGUUUUUGAGAGCAGCUCUGACCAGGAAUCCAAUUGGCAUUACUUGGCUUAUCCAUUCCAUGAUUCCUCAAACAGCAAGAAACGGCAAAAAUUGGAUGAGGAAAUGGCGACGGAAGAGGAGGAUCAAAGCAAAAGGAAGAAAUUGUCGCACCAACUUGAGGCAUACGACGACGACGAUCCGAGCGCCUUCGACAGGCUCACCCGGGACUUGAUCCUGAGCUGUUUGCUGCUCCUGUCGCGGUCGGACUACGGCGCGGUUGCAUCCGUCAGCCGUGCCUUCCGCUCCAUGAUUCGGGAUGCCUACGAGCACCGGCGCCGGCAGGGGAUCGCCGAGCACUGGGUCUACUUCUCAUGCACUGCCCUCCAGUGGCAUGCGUUUGAUCCCUACCGCCGGCGCUGGAUAACGGUCCCUCCGAUGCCGGCUAGCCCUACUGAAACCUUUGCCUUCUCCGACAAGGAGUCACUCGCCGUCGGCACUGAUCUCCUCGUCUUCGGCCGCGAGAUGACUUCUUAUGUUGUUAUGAGAUACAGCAUCUUGAGCAACUCCUGGUGUCCGGGAGUUGUGAUGAACUCACCGAGAUGUCUGUUUGGAUCGGCUAGCCGUGGGGGGAAGGCCAUUGUAGCCGGUGGCACCAAUGGCCGCGAGAUUCUGAAUUCCGCAGAGCUCUAUGAUUCGGAGACGCAGACUUGGGAGUCCUUGCCGACCAUGAAUCGAGCGAGGAAGUUGUGUUCAGGGGUGUUCAUGGAUGAGAAAUUCUAUGUCAUUGGUGGAAUGGCCAACGAAAGGGAGGUGUUGACGUGCGGUGAAGAGUACGAUAUGAAACGAAGCUCUUGGCGGCUGAUUCCAAACAUGUCCGACGGUCUAAUCGGCGAGAACGGUGCACCGCCCCUUGUGGCCGUGGUGAGCAAUCAGCUCUACGCGGCUCGAUACGCAGACAAGAUGGUGGUGAAGUACAACAAGAGGAAUAACGCAUGGGAAACACUGGGGAAGCUGCCUGAGAGGUCUUACUCCAUGAAUGGCUGGGGCAUCGCCUUCCGAGGAUGCGGCCAGCGGUUGCUCGUCAUCGGAGGGCACCGAGGGCUUCGCGGAGGGAUGAUCGAGCUGAAUUCUUGGGUCCCAAACGGAGGGCCUCCCGAGUGGAACACCAUUGCCGUCAUGCAGUCCGGUGACUUUGUUUUCAACUGCGCUGUCAUGGGCUGUUGAUUUCUAUUGAUCAUGGAAGGAUGAUGAAUGCACACUGAAACUUCUCUUUCUCGAGCAUCAAUGUGAUCAUUUUCUGAAAGGAAAAAAAUAAAAUAAAAAUCAUUGCAUCACUUUAACAUUA